UUUUUCGCUUUCCGUAGUCGAGUGAGUGUUGCAUGCUGGGAAACCACGCGGACUGAGCUCUCGAGUUGUACGUUUGUGUUGCCGGGUCACAGCCGCCAUGUCGUCGUCCAAAGAGAGCGAGGCGGCGGAUGAGCGUUUCACGCGGGUCAAGCGGGACCCUCGCUUCUGGGAGAUGCCCGAGAGAGAACGCAAGGUGAAGAUCGACAAGCGUUUCCAGUCCAUGUUCCACGACGAGCGCUUCAAAGUCAAGUACACGGUGGACAAGCGGGGGCGACCUGUCAAUCACACGUCCACCGAAGACCUCAAACGCUUCUACCAGCUGUCCGACUCGGACGACCAGGAUGAGGAUGAAGAUGAGGAGAGAGGAAGGUCAGCGCAGGGCAAAGGUUCUGAUGAUGAAGAUGAUGAAGAGGCGAGCCAGGCAGGCGAUGACGGGUCCGGUUCGGAUUCAGGAGAUGACAGUGGUCCGGACUUGGCCCGUGGGAAAGGCAACGUGGAGACCAGCUCGGAUGAAGACGAGGAUGAUGACGACGUGGAUUCCGUCCUUCGUCGUGAGGAAGAGGAGAUCGAGCACGAGUGGGGCGAGCUGUGCAAAGACGCGCCACGCGGUGACGAGGUCUCACACAGACUAGCCAUGUGCAACAUGGACUGGGACCGCAUGAAGGCCAAAGACCUGCUGGCCCUGCUCAGCUCUUUCUGUCCCGAGGGCGGGGCCGUGCUGUCAGUCAAGAUCUACCCGUCAGACUUCGGAAAGGAACGACUGAGGUUGGAGGAAGUCCAGGGACCGCCGGAGCUGCAGGCGCUUCCCGACGACUCGGAGGACGACACGGAGGACGACAGGAAGCACAGGGAGAAGAUGAGAGACUACCAGUUCAAGCGCCUGAAGUAUUUCUACGCGGUGGCCGAGUGCGACUCUGCCGCCACCGCCGGCAAAAUCUAUGAGGAGUGCGACGGCUACGAGUACGAGAGCAGCUGCUCCAUCCUGGACCUGCGCUUCGUUCCUGAUGACAUCAUCUUCCACGACCAGCCCAAAGACGCCGCCACCGACAUCAACCUGGCGGCGUACACUCCGAAACUAUUCACCUCGUCUGCCAGUGCCACUUCCAAGGUCCAGCUGACAUGGGACGAGACGGACCACGAGCGCGUGAGCGCCCUCAGCAAGAAGAUGAACAAGAGCGAGCUACUGGAGAUGGACUUUAAAGCCUACCUGGCUUCUUCCAGUGACGAAGAAGACCUCCAUGAUGAGCAGGAAGGCGAGGAACAUCUUCCGGCAUCAGCGGGCAAGCAGGAAGAAGAGAAGAAGAAAAAGAAGAGCGAGGAGCAGCUGUCCAAGUACCGCCAGCUGAUCAAAGGAAUCCAGGACAAAGAGAAGCAGGACAAAGACAUGGAGAUGGAGGUCACAUGGGUGCCAGGGCUGAAGGAGACGACGGAGCAGCUCGUGAGGAAGAAGAUGGAGAAGAAGGAGGUCCUGACGCCAUGGCAGGAGUUCCUGCAGAAGAAGAAAGACAAGAAGAAACAGAAGAAGAAAGAGCAAAAGGAAGCAGCCGAGGAGGAGCUCAGCGACGACGACCUUCCUCCUGACGUGCAGCUCAGCGACCCGUUCUUCAGCGAAGAGCUCACAUCUUCAGACACCAAGAAGAAAAAACGCAAAGACAAGAAGAAGAACCAGGAGGAAGUUGAGCGCACAGUUGAGGAAGAGGAGGAGCUGGAGAGACAAAAGGCCGCUAUGAUGCUGCUGAUGGACGACGACGACGGUGACGAGAAACACAAACACUUCAACUACGACAAGAUUGUGGAGCAUCAGAACCUGAGCAAGAAAAAGAAGAAGAAGAUCAUAAAAAGCGGCCAGCAGCUGACUGAUGAUGACUUCCAGGUGGACGUGAAGGACCCUCGCUUCCAGGCUAUUUUCACUUCCCAUCUCUUCAAUCUGGACCCGUCCCACCCCAGCUACAAGAAGACCAAAGCCACGCAGAGCAUCCUGGACGAGAAGCAACGCCGCCGUCAGGAAGACGAUCUUCUCAAGAUGGAGACCGCAGCGCCAAAGAAGCGUACGAAAGAGCACGACGCCGCGACACCGGCGGACGCCACGUCACGGAAACAAGUGAUGGAGCCGAGCUUGUCUCUGCUCGUUAAGUCCAUUAAAAGCAAGACGGAACAGUUUCAGGCCCGGAAGAAAGCCAAGAUCCUUUGAUGGACUGGACCGUCUCUUUGGACAGAAUGACUUGGCGUCCAUUCGUGACAUGCAUCUCGAUACCAUGGUUUGAUUCCGUGAUAAAGAUAUGAUCGCUA